AUGACAGCCACGUUGGGGAUCUAUGCGGAUCUCAAAAGGGGCCUUGAAGAAUCGGGAUUGCCCUUGGAGGAAUUCGCACGCUCUUUGAAUGCACCUGGCAAGUGGAAUCAGUUGUAUUUGGACUUGACAUGCCAGACCAUGAAACACAUAUUGGCCACCAAGGGCAAGCCGCCUGUGAGUAAGCAGGAAUGCGGAGUCGUCCUUGCUACCUUUGCCAAGAUCACGUUCAACAAAGCCGUGGUUGAUAUAUGGUACAAGAAAAAGCCGACAACACCUGGUCAGAUAGCAACGACAAUCUCCAAGGACCUCUACAACUUGCUCAGCACUCCAUCUGAAAAAGCCAAGUUUGGGUACGCCAAAGUGGAGCCAUGGGAGGAAUCAAAGCUAGCGAUGUGUUACCAAAAUGUUGGACGCUACGUCAGGAAGCUUCCAGACACUUACGAAGCUUUGUUUGUGUACACCGUUUGGGACCAGGGAGACUACUACGAGCUGGAACCCCAUGCCCUGGUGCGAGACAAAGCUACUAAGCAAGUCAAAGAUAUCACCCCGACCCUGGAAGCACUAAAGGGCCAACCUUCGUUGCCCAAAGUAUGCUUUGUGGAGCAUUCUUGUCUUGUCAACGUGAUUUGCUCGGCCAAUGCGAUCAGACUCCAGUACGGGUUUAUUGUGGAGAAGACUAAAAAAAGCAAGCGAUUUGGACGCACUUGA